CCAAUUGCGUGUUGAGUCCCACAAUGCCACCCCCCAAAAAAUUCACACUUCACACAUCAAUUUUUGUUUAAGGUUUUUGGCAUAAUUUUGGCCACAACUUUAUUCAAAAUACAAAAAAUGUGAGUGGUUGCUUAGGCAUUGGUUAUGACUAUCUGUCCUUGCCCUCAGGGACAGAGCUGGCCUUCCGGACACCAGCGGAAGCCAGCGUGGGAAACAAGUAUUGGGUGAGAAAAUGAAGCUGGGUAUCAGUCCCUCACUUCUCACCCUCAUGUUCCUGUGGGGCUUGCACGGCCCAAGUCCGAUUCCAGGGACAAGGACGAAAAGAAUGGCAAGCCCCUGGAUUCCUUUAACGGAAUUCCCUUUCCGCAUCAUUUGGAGGGAUAGGCACUUACCCCUCCAAGCACCAAUUUAACCAAUGCCUAACCGCCAACCUUACAAGUUGUGACGAUUUGCUACGCAGUAGGCAAAAACCAAAUGGCACCAGCCAAUCAGCCAGAUGGCAAAAUUCCUACCAGGCCCCCGCUCCAAGGCGGACGACCCCAUGACAGGCAUAGCAAGGUCAAGCGAUCAAGAAAAAACCACCCUAUUAAAGGGAGGGAGGGCGGGUGAUCCGGUGCAAAAUGGCCAAGAGGACGUCCAACGUCUGGCCCCUGUAUUUAAAGACUCUGACCCCUCCUCCAAAUUGGCAACAAUCAAAACUCCCCAGCAACCCAAUUUUAACCACUUAAAGGCUUGGGUUCCUCACAAAAUCUGCCCAGUAACGGCAGGGUGGCUUGUUCCCCAACCGCAACACGUGCUCUCUGUUAGGGAGAACACGCUUUGCGUGUUGAGUCCCACAAUGCCACCCCCCAAAAAAUUCACACUUCACACAUCAAUUUUUGUUUAAGGUUUUUGGCAUAAUUUUGGCCACAACUUUAUUCAAAAUACAAAAAAUGUGAGUGGUUGCUUAGGCAUUGGUUAUGACUAUCUGUCCUUGCCCUCAGGGACAGAGCUGGCCUUCCGGACACCAACGGAAGCCAGCGUGGGAAACAAGUAUUGGGUGAGAAAAUGAAGCUGGGUAUCAGUCCCUCACUUCUCACCCUCAUGUUCCUGUGGGGCUUGCACGGCCCAAGUCCGAUUCCAGGGACAAGGACGAAAAGAAUGGCAAGCCCCUGGAUUCCUUUAACGGAAUUCCCUUUCCGCAUCAUUUGGAGGGAUAGGCACUUACCCCUCCAAGCACCAAUUUAACCAAUGCCUAACCGCCAUGGAGCCCACAGCUCACCGCCAAACCACUCACAGACCCAACCAAGCCCUCAGCUUGGCCACCACUGCACCCAGCCAAGCCUCAUUCCCUGAGGCAGAAAGAUGCGCGCCAUCAGCUCUGAAAAAGGAUGCAGCCUGAAAAAGAAUCUCAGGAUGGGAAAUCACAUCUCCACCCAGCUCAAAAAUCUUUUUAGACACAGCAGAAUUGAUGCGCUUCCUGGCCCUUUCAGUGGCAGCUGGGCAACGACUACCCUUCCAAACACGUCGUUGCAAAAGCUUUGACCAAAAUAUUUUUGCUGUCGGCACCACUGCCCGCAGCUUCUCCAGGUCACCCAAAAUUGCAGCACGUAGUGAAAAAACAGUCCAUGGAAACCAGGUCGUUCUCACCCAGCUGCACCCCAACAGCAGUGGGCGGCCCUUCCAGCAGCACCUGCCUCCGAAUCAGCGGCAGGAAUUCUGGCUGGCGCAUUCCCCGUCUGGACAGCCAAAGCAACUGCACAUGUGGAGGAAGGCCGAGACCCGGUCCCAAACCGGACUGCCGUGCACUGAUGCUGUGCCCCACCAUCCAGAUGCGGACAGCUGCUAAACCUAAGAUAAAACAAGCAAAAAUUGUAAGACACCAAUAAUGUUAACGAACAUAACCUUUGAAUGCAUUCGAUUUCCAAUGACCUGUAUUUUAUUUCCACUGCCUUAUUAACACGCUUUCCGGCCUUCUCGGUGGUAGUUUGUCUAGGCAUUGGUUCCUGACUAGCUGCACCUGACCUCAGCAGGGCAGCACUGACGACUGGGCCCCACCAUAUCGUCAGUACCAGCAAACAUAGAUGGGGAGCAAUGAAUCCCAAGGCAAUCGCAUCCCGCCAGGUGUCGUUCCACACAGGGGAAAGAUGCACCCCAUCUGCCCUAAAGAGAGCAACAGCCUUGAAGAAAAAUAGCAGGGUGCAAUAUUACAGAACCACCUAAAGCAAGGACCUAUUUUAUUUUAUUUGUUAUUUUAUUUUAUUUACUUUAUUUAUUUUAUUCUAUUGUCCACCGCCUUAUUAACAUGCUUUCUGGCCUGCUCGGUGGUAGUUUGUCUAGGCAUUGGUUCCUGACUGGCUGCACCUGACCUCAGCAGGGCAGCACUGACGACUGGGCCCCACCAUAUCGUCAGUACCAGUAAACAGCGUGGGGGAGCAAUGAACCAGGAUCAGACUCAAGCUCACCCCCAAAUGCUCCCAGGGACUCUUGCGUGCCCCUACCCCUCGAAAGGGGUCGACAAAAGCAUGGUGAAUCCUUGGAUUCCCUUAAUGGAAUAUCUUUGCGCAUUGGAGGGGACAGGUGCUCCAACUUCCCCUCCAGACCACCUUGAACCAAUGCCUUAAAUUAUUUUGAGUCCUGGGAGAGCUGCCAUCAACUCAAUCCAAGCCCUCUUGCAUGCAGGAAUGCAAACUUAUGCUGGAGGAAGACAGCAAACAUUCUCGCCCAGCUGUACCACCAGCACUGCGGGAGGACCUGCACAGGUCACACUCGACCGCACCAAAGGAAGGAUCUCCUCCCAAAGCAUUCCCAUCUGGACAUCCAGUAUAUGUUCACAUGGGCAGGAAGACUGAGAUGGCGCCCCAGUCCAAACUCGUCAACCUGCUUGCCAGCCUAGUGUACAAUGCUGUGGCCCAAAUGUGCACAGCUGCUCCUAUGAAAAAGGAAAUAACAGACAAGCAUCAGCACAGACAUCAUUGUGACACUUCCUGAUAUAACCCUUGUCAGCGUCAGACUUCCAAUGACCCGUAUUCACAAUCCUGUCUACUGACAGGCCCCCAGUGUGCAGCCUUUGCAGCAGCACCCAAUCGUAAGGAAUGAGGCGUGUUCAGCGGUAAGCAAGCCGCAGGCCGUAAUAACUGGUGCACGACGUAAGCACAUUGAUGCCUGGCUAACGGGAACCCAUUUUCAUGCACUAGGAGCGGGCCAGCCCCCAGGGAAUGAAAAGCCAAAUAUUCUGUUAUCCAUAACCGGGCAAGGGCCCUCCUCACCUGUGGCGGGAAGCCUGAUUGUGGCACUCCUGCCCACUAAGUCUGUUUUAGAGUUCCCAACUCUAAUGACAAGCUCCAAAGGAUAAGGAAAAGUCCUGAAGCAAUAAGCCUCCAGACUCUCAGCCCCAUGCUGGCUCCAACAACCAUUUUCCCAAGCCUCAGUGCGAAAAUGCAAUGGACUACUGAAAGGAGUCUCGCCUUGAUCUUUAACCAGCAGACAAGUUUUAACUUGUUGCAGAUACUGCAUAAGUAAAAAUUGACCGGCUUCCUGCCCACUGUCCUAUGAGGUUGGAGCCUAUUCCAACCUUCCAAGGCCAUGCGCACUACAAACUUUAUACAAGGGUCUCUGAAAAAUAAAGCUUCAGUGUAACAGACAUUGCAGCGGACUGAAUUCUGAUAGUUAUAACGCACGCCCAAUCUGCAGCAGGUGGACCAAAUACUGCGGAUCUGCUCAGAGGAUGGGGGCCAGUUCAUCUGAAUGGCCGAGGACUGCCAGCUUAAGGCUAAGAAAUCCAUCCAGGCCUUCUCAUAAGAGCUAAAAGCAGAAGGGGAAAUGGAAGCUGCUGCUCUCUGUAAUUACUAAUUGUUGUCAAAAUGCCACAGGUGGUCUGGAAAAGUCUGGCAAUAGCUGAGUCUGGAGCCCAGGAUCUGAAGCACUUCAUCUGAAAAUGGGAUAGAGUGUCAGCGACAUCAUUAGAGGAUCCUGUAAUUUGGAGAGUAGAAAGCACAAUAUUAAACCUUAAGCGGCGCAGCUCGAAAGCAUGAACGGAGGGGCGGAGACUGUGCUAGAGCGUGAGGACUGUUUUGCUAAGACGCUCACCACUACCUGGUUAUCAGACCAAAAGCAGAUCCAAUGGUCACUGAACUCCUCGGGCCACAUGUGAACUGCUACUACAAUGGGGAAAACUCAAGAAAAGUUAUGUCACAUGAUUGCCUCACCACACCGGGCUUGAGGCCAUAGCUUUGCACACCAGCAUCCCUUGAAAUAAAAACCAAAGGGCAAAGAUCCAGCAGCACCAGCAUGAACCUGAAAAUCCCUGUGCGGGUUCAAGGUAUCCUGCCAUGGCGAACUCCAGAGAAGCGGACACGGAGCAAUGGAUCCAAACUACAAGAAAGAAGAUUCCACCUAAACAUUAGGAAGAACUUCCUGACAGUAAGAGCUGUUCGACAGUGGAAUUUGCUGCCAAGGAGUGUGGUGGAGUCUCCUUCUUUGGAGGUCUUUAAGCAGAGGCUUGACAACCAUAUGUCAGGAGUGCUCUGAUGGUGUUUCCUGCUUGGCAGGGGGUUGGACUCGAUGGCCCUUGUGGUCUCUUCCAACUCUGUGAUUCUAUGAUUCUAUGAUUCUACUAUUGCAUACAUUCAGGAAUUGCUACCAUCGCCUGAUAUCUGCCUUCACCACACUUGGUAGGCGUACACAAAGGUAAGGGGACCUCAGGCCGCAGGCAGCCUGGCCUAGUGGGAAGAUUAAUUAAGAGACCCAGCAAGAUCGGAUCUGAUGAAGCAUCACUUGCUACAGAGGAAGUAUUACAAAAUAACUUCCUUCAAGGCAGACAGCUUCUCCAUAGGCAAGUGGUAUGUUUUAGCAACGAUAUCCAACUGGAUCCCUAAAUAAAAUGGGAAUAUGGGCAAAAGGUAUUGAGCUAUUGCUUGCCAGCUUCCAGCCCCCGCUUGGGCAGGGGGCAUCUUGUGCUGCCAUCAUGAUAUGUAAAUUUACAGGGCCGAGGCUGGCCAGAACCCUUAAAGAAGUCCCGACAAAGCUGCCGCCGAGCCAGCUUCCUUUUCAGACACACACUCUGUGCAAUGCAAAAACACACUCCAUGCAGUGCACACACACUCCAUGCAAUGCAACUACACACUCCGUGCAAUGCAACUACACACUCCGUGCAAUGCAACUACACACUCCGUGCAAUGCACACACACUCCAUGCAAUGCAACUACACACUCCGUUCAAUGCAACUACACACUCCGGGCAAUGCACACACCCUCCGUUCAAUGCAACUACACACUCCGUUCAAUGCAAAACACACUCCAUGCAAUGCAACUACACUCCAUGCAAUGCAACUACACACUCCGUGCAAUGCAACUACACACUCCAUGCAAUGCAACUACACCCUCCGUUCAAUGCACACACACUCCGUGCAAUGCAAAAAACACACUCUGUGCAAUGCAACUACACCCUCCAUGCAAUGCAUACACACACACUCCGUGCAAUGCACACACACUCCGUGCAAUGCAACCACACCUUCCGUACAAUGCAACAACACACUCCGUGCAAUGCAACUACACCCUCCGUGCAAUGCACACACACCCUCCAUGCAAUGCACACACGCUCCGUGCAAUGCAACUGCAAAUCUCUCAUGCAAUGCAAUGCAUUUGCAGCCCGUGCAGCGCCGUGCCCUGCAACACACAAACUGCAAUGCGGGCACGCAAAGGUGCUUUCUCCCGCUUGCAUAUUGCAAACGUGGCGCCCGUUACAUCCCUCGCAGUGAGGUAACCACCGAAAGGACUUAAGUGUCCAGGUAGAGCAAUGGGGGGCAUGCAGCUGUCCCAUACAGGGACCAAUCCUGCAACCCAGGCAUUACCAGCACUAUGCGCUGACCCAGUGAAACCAAUGCUUCAUGGACCACAUGGGGACACUAUUCAGGCCGGAAACGCUUCCAGGCCAUUGAAUUCUAGGGCAAAGCCCUAGGAUCACCUGCUAGGCCAGGCAUAAAUGUUUCCAGUGAAAUAGCAGAGUUGAGGUAGCCCACAGCUUGUCCAGGUACCCCUGCUUGCCCUUUUAGAGGGAAGCACCCUUUCAAGAAACCCAAAGUUCUUUUAUCACAAAUGGGCCUAACUACCCAGCAACAGAAUAGCCCAAAAGGAGCAGUUUGUUUUGUUUUGUUAUAACAAUGGCUAAGAGGGGGAUAUGAACCCUGUCUCCCAGGUCCUAGUCCUACACUUUAGCCACUAAGCCACAAUGGCUCAUCUCUAAAAUGGCAGUCGCCACUAUCAGGGCAAAACAAACUUAAAGAAAAUAAACUUGUUCAGAAACAGCAUAGUUCAAGAGCAUAUACAGAGUGCUCAUAGUCCUUGGAGGCACAGGGAGCCUCUGGGGCCCUCUGUCUGCCUCAGAUAUACAUUAGCAGCAACUGGGCCUGCAAGCAGAUACAUUCCUAUAGCGAGAAUGAGUCACGUGUCAGAGACUUAACAAUUAACUGCUACCUGUAGCAGACUUAGGCUUGGAAGUUAUGUGCAGGCCGAAUAGGCCUCCCUGCUUCUGCUCUUGAGAAUCUUAGUCUCAUAGCAAUAUUAAAGGAACUCAAAUUAGUGCUCCCACCCAAGGCUAGCUUAAAAUUUGGCCAACAGCACUGCACACACUCAAAAUAAAGCCAACCUUCGGGGAUACUAUAAACGAAAGUGAUUCCAGCUAAGCUGGGAACAGCCCUGAUUAGCCCCACAAUUUCAACAAGAGAAAUGGGGCAAACCUUUUUGCGAAAGAAAGCCCCUAACGGGGGCUCUCUCCGUAUUGGGAAAGGCAAGCCACAGUUACAGGGAGAAUCUUCCCACAGGGCAGGGUAAGGGGUGGGGUGGGAAAUCGAACAGGAAAAGGGGGGAAUUAAAUUAUUUAAGGGACUAGAGAGGAUUAAAAGAAAGGGGAAAUAAAGAAAUAAAGAAAUGUAACCAGACAAUGAGAAGAUUGUCCAAGCGCUCCAUGUGAUCCGGUGCAAAAUGGCCAAGAGGACGUCCAACGUCUGGCCCCUGUAUUUAAAGACUCUGACCCCUCCUCCAAAUUGGCAACAAUCAAAACUCCCCAGCAACCCAAUUUUAACCACUUAAAGGCUUGGGUUCCUCACAAAAUCUGCCC